CUGGUGCAUGGCUGUAGUGUUCAGCCUCCUCAGCGGCAGCACGGAGGUCCCAGAGUACUGACCCGAAGUCGGCUCCAUGCGCCUUCGUCCGCAACCAGGUCCCCUAGGCAUGGAGCCCUUCCUCCGGAAGCGGCUCACUUUCUUGUCCUUUUUCUGGGAUAAGAUAUGGCCAGCGGGUGAAUCGGAGGAAGACAUCCCCAGGAUCCAGGGACACGACGACAACCCAGUGCCGGAGCAACCCGCUGCCGUUGAACCUUGUAGCUUCCCAGCCCCACGCGCCCGACUCUUCCGCGCGCUCUACGAUUUCACUGCGCGAUGUGCCGAGGAACUGAGCGUCAGCCGUGGGGACAGACUCUACGCCCUCAAGGAGGAGGGGGACUACAUCUUUGCCCAAAGGCUCUCUGGGCCGCCUAGCACCGGACUAGUUCCAGUCACCUACCUUGCCAAGGCUACCCCGGAGCCGCCCUCAGACCAACCUUGGUUCUUCAGUGGGAUCAGCAGGACUCAGGCCCAGCAGUUGCUCUUGUCUCCUGCCAAUGCACCAGGGGCCUUCCUCAUCCGGCCCAGUGAAAGCAGCAUCAGGGGAUAUUCUCUCUCAGUCAGGGCCCAGGCCAAAGUCUGCCACUACCGCAUCUGCAUGGCACCCAAUGGCAGCCUCUACCUGCAGGAGGGCCGACUCUUUCCCAGCCUGGAUGCAUUGCUGGCUUACUACAAGACCAACUGGAAGCUGAUCCAGAACCCUCUGUUGCAGCCCUGCAUACCCCAGAUGGCCGUGGCUCAGGACGAGUGGGAACGGCCACGUUCAGAAUUUGUCCUUCGGAGAAAGCUGGGUGAAGGCUUCUUCGGGGAGGUGUGGGAAGGCCUGUGGCUGGGAUCUAUCCCUGUGGCAGUGAAGGUUAUCAAAUCAGCUGACAUGAAGCUGGCAGACCUCACGAAGGAGAUUGAGGCACUAAAGAGCUUGAGGCAUGAGAGGCUGAUCCGGCUGCACGCUAUAUGUUCCCUGGGUGAACCCGUGUACAUCGUUACUGAACUCAUGGGCAAGGGCAACUUGCAGGUCUACCUGAGCAGCUCUGAGGGAAAGGCCCUGAGCCUGCCCCAUCUACUGGGAUUUGCCUGCCAGGUAGCUGAGGGCAUGAGCUACCUGGAGGAGCGGCGUGUCGUCCACCGGGACUUGGCUGCCAGGAACGUGCUGGUGGGUGAUGACCUCACCUGCAAGGUAGCUGAUUUUGGCCUGGCCAGACUGCUCAAGGACGAUGUCUACUCCCCAAGCAGUGGCUCCAAGAUCCCUGUCAAGUGGACGGCACCUGAGGCUGCUAAUUACCGUGUCUUUUCCCAAAAGUCAGAUGUCUGGUCCUUUGGCAUCCUGCUGUAUGAGGUCUUCACUUAUGGCCAGUGUCCCUAUGAGGGAAUGACCAACCACGAGACGCUACAGCAGAUUAGUCGUGGAUACCGACUGCCACGCCCAGCUGUCUGCCCAGCAGAGGUCUACGUGCUCAUGGUAGAGUGCUGGAAGGGCAGCCCUGAGGAGCGUCCCACCUUUGCCAUACUGAGGGAGAAGCUGAAUGCCAUAAACAGACGCCUCCAUCUGGGCCUCACGUGACCAGGUCUCCAGACCCUCGGGUAGCAGCUAGGACUGCCACUUCCUGAAGGGUGUCUCCCAAGGAAACAUUUGUCACCGGUGCCCAUGGGAAAUACUGCACAGACGAG